CAGCAUUAUCACCCACUAACACCCGCGCCCCACACCCCCUCUCUCCCUCCAACACCUCACCCGAGGGCCACCGAUGGCCAGCUUAAACGGGUAUAUAAACCAACGUGUCCUCCUCAUACUUCAAGACGGAAGAUGUAUCGUCGGUACCCUUGCAGGAUUCGACAACCGCUCGGAUAUCGUCUUGUCGAACUGUAUCGAGCGCACGUAUAGCCCAGAUGAACCCGUGGAAGAGGUCUCCUUGGGGUUGUAUCUCGUUAAAGGGGAUAUGAUACUCCUCGUAGGAGAACUAGACACAGAACUAGAAGCGUCUCUAGACCUGAGCCAGCAGCGAGCCGAGCCGUUACAGCCUAUCCGGUACGGGCCUGACUGAGCUUGCUCUCGGUGGAUAGUCGAUCAGGGCAGAGAAGACGCGAUGGUCUGGUCUGGUCUGGUAUGUGGUUCGGGCGUAUCUGGAUGAGGCGCGCUGGUUGUUCGGAUGGAGAGGAGUGGGUGUGAGUUGAAAGCCGCUGUGCUCGUGAGAGGCAGUCAAGAGAGGUGGGAUGUAUCAUGUAUCCAAAAGCACUUUUCCUUGCACGUAAUGAACUUUCUCUGCUC